AUGGAUCAGUGCGAGAUUUACUCAACUCGAGGUAGCGCCUUAGAACCAGCAGUCACUUUACCUAGAAGCCAUGGAAAACUCAAACGGGAUCAAGGGGAACUCAUGGAUGAUGCUGUAAAACUUGCUGCUAUUAAAAUUUCACGACAGUCACAACCACCAGAUUCAGAUGGUCUAACUGUAAUAAACACAUGUGAAACAAACGCCAUGAGUGUUUUACCUCGUCUACUUCGAACUAUGACAAACAGAAAUUCUCAGACAGCUAAUGAUAAUCGAUCUGCCGUUGAAAAUAAUCAAAUCUCAAAUGGUGAAUUAUGCUUUUCAAUGUCUGUCCCUGGACCAACUAUCAAUGAUAGUGAUUCUUCAUCUUCUUCCUCUUCUUUUAUGUCAACUCCAUCUUCCGGUUCAUCACUGAUUUCAUUUCUUUCUCCUGGACAUUUAGGACCUGUUGCUGCUAUGGCCGCUGUAGCGUUGUCAACUGCUGUAACUACAAUGUCCGUAAAUGAUAUUCAAGAAUCUUCAGGUCUAGUAACUUUAGCAACUGCUAGUAGCCUAAUUGAAAAAGAAUGGCGUGCACGUGCUUCGGUUGUUAAUAAUAAUGAAAGUGUAAAUAAUGCAAAAGAAAAUGCUGAAACUACACUUACUGUCCAACAUCAUACUGAUUUAUUAGCAUCUACUAUUCAAGGAAAUAUUGAUAGAAAUCAACAAUUCUCUUUAGAUGGUUCACCACCUUUAGUAAUUGGUGCUUUAAAUACUUCAUCAUCACAGUCCUUAUUAAAUGAAUCGACCCCAGUGACUAGAGCUGUGUUGAACGUUCAAAGUUUAGCGGCUUUUAUUCGUGAAACUCAGAAACAAUGCUCCAUAUCCAGUCCAACCACAUCUAUUGAACUGCCUCUAACGUCAGUUUUCCCUCUUCAAACUGAAACAAAAUUAACUUCUUCGUGUUCUGUCAGGCAAGUUGCUUCACCUUCCUAUCUUUUACCUGCUGCAUCCACUCCAUCUUUUCUACCAAUGACUCCGGUCCCACAAAAUCUUCCAACCGUUUUAGAACAGCCUUUACAUUCAGAAUCAGUAGCAGUAAAUCAUAAUACUCAUCCAUCACCACCUAUUCAAUCAACUGCAUUCAUAUCUUUACAACCUGCACCAGGUUCUUUAAUUAGUCCUUCUGAUUUACAACAGCUUGUAGCAAGUGGAGAAUUCAUGUCCUCAGCAGCUCGGCAAACUUUACUUGGUCAGUCUUCUGAUGGAUCUACACGACAACUUUAUCUGCUCGUACCAAGUGACUGUCCUGUAAUUAUGCCAAGAGUUUCAAAUAACCAACCAACUAUGACUCCUAUUCUACCAUCUACAUCUCCUUUGAUUGAAUCUAUUCCCACAAGUGCCCCAAUAUUGGAAGCUAUAUCCCCAGGUGUAGAACCUGAAGAAAAUUGUGUUCAAAUGCAAUCUGAAUCGUCAACAUGUAACAAUGCACAACAGGUGCUAACUUCUGUUUCACAUUUAGCAUCUACAAUGCUUAACCCAAUGAGUUCUACAUCCACGACAGCAUUAUCUACUUUCCUGGCUGGUUUAGAAGCUCGUAAUCAUCAACCUAUACAACAGAUUCAACUAGGUGGAUUACCUUUAUCUGCUGCAACAUCUUCGCUGUCUUGUUCAUAUUCUGACUCUUCAUCAGCCCACACUGCUAAAGACUCAUCGGCUCCCAGUUGUUCACAACUCAGAAUUCCACUUCAAGUUUCUGGCCUUCCAAUGUCCGAGAAUGGUUCAUUAUCAGUUGAACAAAAUGUUUACCCUGUUACAAAUAACGUUGCGAACUCUAUAUUAGGUGUUGUAAAAAGUGAUCCUGAUAUGUACACUCCUAAUGGGCAUACUUAUUCAUCUCUAGUAGAUGAAACUAAUCGAUUCCGAUCUUAUCCAACGUAUACUCAACAAUUAUCUCAUCAUUUACCUCAUGGUACAACUGUACGACAGUCUGUUUUAGCUGCCGCUUCUACAACAUCAAAUAAUUCUUUCUUUCAACAAGAAUCUUCAAAUUCUUUAUUAUUAAAUCAAACGUGUUCUGUACCAAGUAAUGUCACGUCAAAUAAUACGACCACUGCUACUAUUACUACUACUACUAAUAAUAAUAACAAUGGAGAGGAAUCAUUAACAAAUGGACAUUUUCAGUCACCAAUGUCACAUUCAAAUGUUUCAGCAACCAAUACAUUUACUACUUCAUUAGCACCUAAUUCAGAUAAAACUCCACAGUUGCCAUCAUCAUCUAAGUCUAACACUUCAAUAGAUGAAUGUCGUAGAAAUUCAGUAACAAACACAAUGUUAAAUACAUCCAGCAAUCGGUCAGAACAAGUCAAGGGCUCUACAACCUAUCUAGAACAUUUAAAUCCAGAAUCCAAAGAUAUACGACGUCGUGUCAGCCACAAUGAAGUUGAACGUCGACGUCGAGAUAGAAUUAAUACGUGGAUAAGUGAAUUGUAUAAAUUAUUACCACCGGAUGAGCAAACUAAAUCACAAUAUCAGAGUAAAGGUAUUGUAUUAAAACGUGUCUGUGAAUAUUUUCAAAAUGUGGAUAGUAUGCUGAAAGCAGCUAAUUCAGCAGUUGAACAAAUUCGUGUAGAGAAUAGUAUUCUACGUCAACGAGUGCAUGAAUUACAACAAGAAAAUCAAUUACUAUCAGCUUCUUUACAAUUAGGCGCUGUAGCUGCUGCUGCUCAUCUUAAAAAUAGACAACCUCGACCUGGUUCAUCAUUAUCAUCGGUCAAUAUGAAUACGACUAAUGAAGGAAACACUAUUACUACUACUAAUAAUAAUGGAACAGUAUCAGGAGGUGGGGUUGUAUCAACAUUAGCUAAUAGUGAAAAUUGUACAAUAUUAAAAGAUCCUAUAGAAUUUACAGAUUAUCAAUCUCCACUUACUGUAUUCACAUUAGAUACUCCGAAUAAUAAUAAUAAUAAUCAUAAUAAUAGUAACAAUCAUAGUGUAAAUUUCAAUCAAACUAAUUCUAAUUGUAUAACUCCUACAAGUUCACUUAAUAAUAAUCCAUGUUUUACAACAUCAUUAGCAUCGAUCAAUUCUAUUGGUGGAUUUAAUGUUUCUCAAACAAUAUCACCGACGAAUACAUCGUCAACUUCAGAAAUAAUGAAUCAAGUAUUAUGUCCUUUAACUUUACCAAGUUUAGACCAUAUCACUAUGCAGCAUACAGAUACUACUACCAUUAAUACUACUACUAAUAAUAAUCGAGUAUCCUGA